AGCUUGACGCAGCGGUGGAGUCCAAUGGAAGCCUUCGUCACAGCCCGGAGGAGACAAUCGAGAGCGAUUUAGCCCGAAAACCGGAGCCCGUUUCUGCAGAAGAGCUUCUAAACCGAGCGUUUUCUCCGCAGACCGGAUCCUCGGUCCUCUCUGCUGCGUGUUCGUGUCCCCGAUCGGCCGUUCGCGGCGGCUGCUCGGCCUUGUUUAUACUGUGCAGGGGAAGCUCGAAGCAGGAAAGCAGGCCCGGUCCUGUUAACGAGUUUAACGACCGUUUCGGUGGUCCGGAGUGUGUUUCGUGUGGAUCGGCCCUUUAGCUCACCAAAGAAUAUGACCCAGAUGCAACAAUGACAUCCAGAUUUGGUAAAACCUACAGCCGCAAGGGAGGGGAGGGCACGUCCAAGUUCGACGAGGUUCUGUCCACCAAGAGGGGCACCCUCAGCACCAAAUGGGGCGACACCACCUACAAGGCCAAGGUGGGCUCCAAGCGCACCGGCGCCUCCAAGAAUGACUCCGUCCUGGAGGUCUACAAACGGCCCCGUCCCUGUGGAGACGGUCUGGAGGACCCGUUCGGGUUCGACAGUGACGAGGAGUCCAAACCCGUGUCGUCCCGCGGCGGCAGCAAGUUGUCGCCUGCCAAGCCGGCCUCGGCGGAGCCUCCGCAGGCCGAAAGACCGGACGUUUCUCUGCACACGGCUAGCAGGUCCAGCUUCCAGGGGGGAUCCCACGGCUCGGCGUCCGCCAGAGGGGCAUCGUGGCUGGCCGGGGACAAGAGCCAGCCCCGGGGGAUGGAGGACACGGCUCGGUUCUUCAAUAGCAGCAGCACUAACACAGGGAAGUCCAAGCAGAGCUUGUCUUCGUCAGAGAACCAACACAGCUACUCGUGGUACCAAAAUGCCUCUGAGAGCGACAGGAAGCCACUGGCCCAGACCACCACCCUGAAGACGGGCUCCAAGGCAGAAUCCACCUAUGACUCCUGGGAUGUCAUCAUGGGUUUCCGCCCGCCUUCGCCCACCCAGGAACCCCGUAACCCCGCCCCCACGCUCUCCUGGGCCUCGACGGGCGUCACCGCUGCCAGCUGCGACCCAGUCCAGACCCGGCACCAGAAGCCGACCUCUCCUCCACGGCUCCAGAGCCUCAGCGAGAGUGACGAUCUGGGCGGUGACUCCGACCUUCUGGAAUCGUCGGACUUCUCCCACACCUCCACGUCAUCGUCACUUGAAAGAAACUCUAACUGUCGGACAUACAGGAGGCCCAACAAACAGGGCUCGGGCAAAGCCUUGGACUCCAGUGGCUUUGCGAGCGCCGUUUUCGGCACCGACCUUCCCAAAUCCACAUCUGAUGGCAGCAAUAAAACGACAGGUGGCGGAGGGAGUCGGGGCAGGACGAGGGACUACACGGUGCUGCACCCCUCCUCCAUGUCAAUGUGCAACGUCACCAUCCAGGGCCGAGGCGUGGAGGAGUUUAGCACCGACGCAGCACCCUCUAGUGGCAGCAGUAGUUCCAGUUCUGGCAGCACAACACAGCUAGGAGAGGCUGGGUGGCAGCGGAAGAAGACGGAACAGCAAAAUACAAGGUUCAGGCCGACCCAGACCAAGUCAAAGAAGGACAGUAAGCUGGACCUGUUCGGGUUUGAGGAUGCCGACGUCCACCAGGAGGACGAUGGAGCCGAGUCCAGCUACAAGAUCAAAUACUUCGGCUUCGACGACAUGAGCGACAGCGACGGUGCCGAAGAUGACAACGGCGGCUCGAAAGAGAGGAGGAGGGCGAAGAAGGCCGCCGCCGCCGUCGCCAAGGUAACUCCGGUAGUUACCGUGGAGGAGAUGCUCACCGAUGAACCGCCAGAUCCGUUCGAGAGGCUGGAGAUCCGGGAGAGACCAACCGUCAAGGAGAGCAAGAAGAACUUUGACAGGCUGGAGAGCAGAAUACGAGCAGACGUCCUGGACUUCUCGGAGGAAGGACUGAGGGUGGUGGCCAGCGGUCCCAGGAGGCCGCCUCAGGGCAAGCCGGCCGAGAAGAACCCGGACACCUUCCGGAGGAUCUUCAGCGCACAUAAGAAGUCUCCCACCAAAGCGGUGUACAACGCCCGACACUGGACAGUGGACAGCGAAGAGGAGCCUCCUCCAUCCUUCUUCUCCAAGCCCCAGACGGCUCCAGCUUCAGUCUCGGCCGGAGGAUCCAGUAAGGAGACGUCCGACUCCCAGAAGGACGACGGCGUCUUCAAGGCUCCGCCUCCUCCUCCGAAGGUCACCAAGUGUGUCACCGUCCCCACAGACCCCUACCAGGACACCGUCACUACGCUCAAGUGUCGCAAAGAACAUAAGGAGCUCUACACGGUGGUCCAGCACGUGAAGCACUUCAACGACGUGGUGGAGUUUGGAGAAAACCAGGAGUUCACCGACGACUUUGAGUAUCUGGCUACUGGUCUGAAGAGCGGCCAGCCUCUCAACACUCGCUGCCUUAGUGUGAUCAGCCUGGCCACACGCUGCGCCAUGCCCAGCUUCAGGAUGCACCUCCGGGCCAGAGGGAAGGUGGCUCAGGUCUUCAAGACGCUCAACGACGCCCCACAACACCCGAACUUGGCUCUGUGCACGGCGUCCCUCAUGUACAUCCUGAGCAGAGACCGGCUGAACAUGGACCUGGACCGGUCCUGCCUGGACCUGAUGAUCCGGCUGCUGGAGCUGGACCAGGACCAGGGGGGCGGCGCCGGCGUCGACACCACUGUCCAGUUCAGCGCCCGGGAGAUCGCCAAGAUGAAGGAGAAGAUCCGGAAGCUGUGUGACACCGUUCACAACAAGCACCUGGACCUGCAGAACAUUACGACGGGUCAUUUAGCCAUGGAGACGUUACUGUCCUUGACCUCGAAGCGAGCAGGAGACUGGUUCAAAGAGGAGCUCCGGCUACUGGGAGGACUGGACCACAUAGUGGAUAAAGUGAAGGAAUGCGUGGACAACUUGAACCAAGAGGACGAGGAGGAGAAGCUGGUGUCGUCUUUGUGGGGAGCUGAGAGAUGUUUACGGGUGCUGGAGAGUGUGACGGUCCACAACCCAGAGAACCAGAGCUACCUGAUCGCCUACAAGGACUCGUCCCUCAUCAUCUCUUCUGCAAAGGCAUUGAGGAGGUGUGAGGGGAUGAUCCAGCGCUACAGCCGGGAGCUGAACUCUGACGGAGCCGUGGUGGGGAAAGCAGUGGAGGACUGCAUGAGGGCCAUCAUCGGAGUCCUGCUCAACCUGACUCACGACAACGAGUGGGGCAGUACGAAGACCGGAGAGCAGGAGGAUUUAAUAGUGACGGCUCUGAACUGUGUCCUCAAAGUCCCUCAGUAUAUCCCUCAGGAGCAGAGGUUCGACAUCCGAGUGCUGGGUCUGGGUCUGCUCAUCAACCUGGUGGAGUACAGCUCCAGGAACCGGUACUGUCUGAUGGAGAUGGAGAUGGAGGGAGGUCAGGGUCCCUGCGACUCGACCGUCCUGCUGAACCCUCAGCACCAGAACAUCACCAGCACCGGACCGCUCAGCGCCGUCGCCGCCCUCGUACAGCUGUUCCUCCAGCGAGAGCGAGCCGCCGUCCUGGCCGAGGCGCAGACUGAUGACCUCAUCAAGGAGGCGCCGAAGCCCGCGCUGGACCAGAGCGGCGAGUGGCAGGAGACGGGCGGCGAGAUCCAGUGGGUCGCCAACGACAACGACACCGCCAAGCAGGAUGACGGCAAGAAGGAGGCGGACGAGGAGGACGAGGAGCUGGACCUAAACAAAGCUCUGCAGCACGCAGGGAAGCACAUGGAGGACAGCAUCGUAGCCUCCUACACAGCACUGCUGCUGGGCUGCCUCUGCCAGGGAAGCCCAUUGAAUGUGACUACUGUGAGAGAGAACCUUCCUAAAGGAGAUUUCUCCAUCAUGACAGAAAUGCUGAAAAAGUUCCUCAACUUCAUGACCCUCACCUGUGACGUCGGCACCACAGGACACAAAUCCAUCUCCAAGAUCAUCGACUAUCUGGAGCACUGCUAAGAAGACACACACACACACGCACACACACACACACACACACACACACACACACACACAGCCAUCUCCUUCAUCGUUGUUACCACCAUCAUCACCUCAGAUAUUCCGUUCACUGCUGGAAGCUGAAGCUGCACCGUCGUCUCCGAACCUCACUGGAGGAGAUUAAACUUCCGCUUCCUCCGAUCCGACGUCUCCUCGUGUUUCUGUUCAACCCGAGUCAGUAUUUUUACUUUCACUUCACCUUCGACUUCUAAAACAAAGCUGCUCAGAACGACCAGAUUAUUUUUUUUCCUCCUUCAAAGUUUCACCUCGGCAUCGAUCGACGGCCGUUUUCUCAAAGCCACGACCAUGAAAGCGACAACAUUAAAAAGAAAACUACUGACCGAAACAACGGCUUCUUUGAAAACUCCUCGUUUCUUCUCCCCUGCUGAGCUGCCCUUCACCUCUCAGAGGAAUCAGGAGUAUCGAUCUUUGCAGGAAGUCUGUUUUCAGGCGGUUCUCGUCGGUUCGUAACGGGACAUUUUGGGGAACUUUUCUUUCUUUUCCGUGACUGUAAAACACGCCGACCUCCGAAGUUGUUGAAGCUGAAAGUUUUCCCUCUUGGAGAAUCGAUCUCGCUCCGCAUCAAAGCUCGGCGUCUCGGCGGGACCCAAGGCCUCCAGACCAGAACCCGUCCUCCUCCGGCCGCCUUCGAUUACCGCCGACGCCCCGAGAGGAGCUUCCAUUAGGGCUCCAGACCCUCCGUCCGAGAGGUGAAGCCGCCAGCCGAAGCCACGGUUUGUUCUGUUGUUAACCAAAACUUCCCCCCAAAAAACUUAGAGGAGCAAACUCCUGUGUUUUUACAUUUCCAAACACAUCCUGAGUGUUGGAGACGGAUUUUACCUUUAAAUCUGUGUUUUUUGGCUGGGAGGAAUAAUAGUUCUAAAUAUUUGGAUUAGUUUCCAACUUUCUGGCAAAAAAACCCCCAAAAACCCCUUUUACUGAACAAAACACCACCAGCACGUCGAUUAUCUGAAGACCACUUCACAUAAUUGGGCUCCUUUCAAUGAAUCAAACCGUUUUAUCCAUUAAAUUCGACAUUAAAAUGACUUUUAUUGUCUCUGUAAAAGACUAAAGUUGAAUUUCUUUAAUAUGAGGAGUUUAUGAGCUGCAACUAAAGACUUUAUUAAAGGAAUAUUUGUAGUUUGAUCCUCUGAAAACAUUAGAAAUCCAUAAAGAAGGCAGGAAAUCAUUAAUAAACAGGUGUUUCAACAAUACUUCUACUGAAAUAGAAGUGAUUCAGUGUCGACUUUCAAUGAAUCAAACUGUUUUAUCCGUUAAAUUGUAGUUUCACUUGUACAAGCGUGUUUAAAUCAAUAUUAAAACGGCUUAUCAAAGACUGAUCGUCUCUACAGAAGACUAAAGGUGAAUUUCUUUAAUAUUAAGAGUUUGAGCUGCAGCUAAAGGCUUUAUUAAAGGACUAUUUGUAGUUUGAUCAUCCUAAAGCUUUAUAAAUCUGUAAAGAAGGCAGGAAAUUACAAAAAAAAUGGAAAUUUCAACAGUAUUUCAACUGAAAUAAAGGUGAUUUAGUGUCACGUUUUUGUAAAGUUUCAGGAUUUUGAGGCUAAUUCCCUGCAACACUGGAGCUUACAUUUCCCAUAAUGCACCUGUUUCAUGUAUUUAAUUGAAAAAUUUGUAGUUUAUAACUCAAACUUGAUGUUUUAAAACAAACUAAAACCAAUAAUAGUUACAGCUCAUAAACUUGAUAUAAAAGGUGCUUUAUUUUGAAAAACACCACUACAUUUUCUUUAAUUUGGCAAAGAAAAUGUGAAAAUUGUAGCUUGAAAGUUUAGGAUUCAACUUCCAGAGAUAAACCAUGUUAAUGUGGCAAAAACUAGUGAAGCGGUUUGAUGAAUUUUUCAAAUUAUUAUCGAUUCUUCUGAGCAAAACGACAACAAAUCUUCAAAUAUUCAUCCAUCUGGUGUUCAUUUUCCUUUUUUUUUUUUUGUUUUGCUGAGCUCCUGGCCGACGGUUUUCUGUUUGAUUUUUUUUUAUUAUUUUGUUAAUUUUUUUUCCUCGUUUUCUUCGUCUCACAGCUCAUCCUGUUUUCCGUUCUGGUCGCCGUCACACACAGUUCAACCCUCACACUCCUUUUUCUCUUUAAAAAAAAUAAGUUUACAAGAGCUUUAUUGGCCAGACAUGUGGAAGAAUGAAUGGAAGAGCUUUUUGUUUUUGUACAUAGUUCCUGUACAUAGAUGGAUUUCCUCACGUAGGAGGAGGGUCAAGGGUCGGUUCGGGGGCCGCGGGAGGGUCGGGGUUAAAUUUAAAUUUAGACUGUAGACUCUACUUUUCUGGAUCUGACUCUAUUUUUCAUUUUCUAAAGCCUUUUUCUCCCGGUUGUGUUGUUUCAGACAGAGAGCUUCUUAACAAGCCAACUGCAGGAAAACUUGAUCUUUGUACCAAUUUGCAGACUGAUGUCUUUGGUUACCUGUACAUAAUUUUAAAAUAAUAAAAAUUGCUACUUUCAGUAAA